AUGACAGAGAGUAAUGACAAGCUUAAGCAGAUGGAGAAGGAGAUGGAUAGAUUUGAGGCAGAAAUCGCUCAUCAGUCAUCUGUUCCAGCUCCGAAUGUUCCACUAUCUGGUGGGUUUACCUUCCCACCAGCAACUAGCUUUAUUCCUCCUCAGUUACGUGUGAAUCAGAGUGCAGCGAAUGUUGUUCAGCCAGUUUUCCCAGUUUUACCGAUGCCACCAGGAGUAUCCAUGUUUGUCCCUCUAUCUCAGCCUCCUGUAUCCUGUUACCCUAUCAAUAUGGCGCACACACACAUACCACCUCCUAACCCAGCUUUUAAUCCACCUAAAACAACUAACAUUUCAGUCCCUACUGCAAAGACAGAAACAUUUUCCGUUGCAGCAAGUAAUAAAGGGACCAAUGCGGAAUCAAAUCCUACCCAAAAAAUCAUCACUGCGGCGCCACAAAUGGCAGGGCCUAACGAGUUGGCGGCUCGGGCAAAGGAAGCUGCUGCUGCUGCCGCAGCUGCCAAAUCUAAAGCUGAAGACGAGGAUGACGAUGUUACUCGAGCAUUGUUAGCUGCAGCAGCUGGAGUUACUUACACACGUGUUCAGGGACCAGAUGGAAAAGAAAAAGUCACGGCUAGUAUUACAAAACCUCCGCUGACACCAGUUGUUGGACAGUCGAAUAAUAAAUCGAAACCAGCCAACUCAUCCGUAGAUACCGAUGCUGAUAAGGUGACACAAACUAUUUUACUCCCGCCACCUCCCCCUUCUAUUUAUCGUUCCGCUAACACAAAUACAAAUGAUCAGUUUACCAAGAAAAAGAAAUACAUCCGGACGGCUGCUGGAGUUACAUGGGAAGACCCAACCUUGUCCGAAUGGGAUCCAAAUGAUUUUCGAUUGUUUUGUGGAGAUUUGGGCAAUGAGGUGACAGACGAUACUUUAUCAAGAGCAUUCAAUCGUUAUUCAUCUUUUCAAAAGGCAAGGGUAGUUCGAGAUAAACGCACUGGAAAAUCUCGUGGCUAUGGAUUUGUCAGCUUUUCUGAUCCCGGAGAUUUCACUCGCGCUAUGCGAGAAAUGAAUGGUAAAUAUGUUGGUAACCGUCCAAUUAAACUUAAAAAGAGCGACUGGCGCAACCGCCAACUAGAAGUCCAUAGAAAAAAGGAGAAAGAAAAGAAAAAGCUUGGUUUAAAAAACUGA